AUGGUCAAAGAAACCAAGUACUACGAUCUCCUCGAGGUGUCCCCAGACGCCUCAGAGUCCGAGCUCAAAAAGGCAUACCGCAAAAAAGCGCUACGACUGCACCCGGACAAGGGCGGAGACCCAGAGCUGUUCAAGGAGGUCACGCAUGCCUACGAGGUGCUCUCAGAUCCCCAAAAGCGAAGUGUCUACGAUGCGCGCGGAGAGGCGGGCCUCUCAGAGUCAGGCGGUAUGGGCGGUAUGGAUCCCCAGGACCUUUUCAGCCAGCUGUUCGGCGGUGGUGGCUUCUUUGGCGGCGGCGGCGGUCCCUCGCGCGGCGGCCCGCGCAAAACAAAGGACCUGGUCCACCGCGUCCACGUCACACUCGAGGACCUCUACAAGGGCAAGACAUCCAAGCUGGCACUGACGCGCAACGUCAUCUGCAGCAAGUGCGCCGGCAAGGGCGGCAAGGAUGGCGCGGUGCAGUCGUGCACAUCGUGCAGCGGCCAGGGUGUCAAGAUCACGCUGCGCCAGAUGGGCCCGAUGAUCCAGCAGAUCCAGCAGCAGUGCGACACGUGCAACGGGACGGGCGAGAUGAUCAACGCAAAGGACCGCUGCAAGACGUGCAACGGCAAGAAGGUGAUCUCGGAGAAGAAGAUGCUCGAGGUGCACAUCGACAAGGGCAUGAAGGGCGGCCAGACGAUCACGUUCCGCGGCGAGAGCGACCAGGCGCCCGGGGUCACCCCCGGCGACGUCGUCAUUGUCGUCGAGGAGAAGCCGCAUGAGCGCUUCAGGCGCCAAGGGGACGACCUUGUCAUCGACCAGGAGAUUGACCUCCUCACCGCGCUCGGUGGCGGUCAGCUCGCGAUCAAGCACCUGGACGACCGCGUCCUUAUCGUGAAAAUCAACCCCGGCGAGGUCAUCAAGCAUGACGACCUGAAAGUGGUUCCAGGGCAGGGCAUGCCAUCCUACCGGCACCACGAGCCGGGCGAUCUGUUCGUGCACUUCACGGUCAAGUUUCCGGAGCACAUCGACGCCGCGGCGAUCCCGGAGCUCGAGCGCGCGCUGCCCCCGCGGCGGCCGCUGGACAAGUUCCCGAAGAGCUACGUCGUGGACGAGGUCGAGCUCGAGGAGGCGGACACGCGGCAGCGGCAGCGCGCAGAGCCGAUGGACGAGGACGAGGAGCAGCCGCGCGUGCAGUGCGCGAACCAAUGA